AUGUCCGCAUACGCCUCUGGCGACCCCAAAACCCAGGUCAUGAGGCAAAUCCAACAAGAGGCUGCUAUGCAGAACGCGAAGAUGUUGGUAGAGAAACUCAAUGAGCACUGCUUCGAACGAUGCGUCCCCAAACCCAGCACCUCUCUCUCCAAGGGAGAAGAAACCUGCUUCUCGAACUGCCUGCAGAAAUACAUGACCGCAUGGAAUACAGUCUCCCAACAAUACAUCACGGCGAUACAGAAGAAUUCUAGCUCCUCGCAGUUUUGA